AUGGCAGGGUCAGGUCCAACCCUUGCCAGCCUAGCUGCUGCCAUCACUCAAGCAACAAGCGCCAUUUCAUCCUAUAUCGAUGAACAUAAGCUUCCUGCUCCAUCAUUCACAGAGAAUGGCCUAGAUAAAUACCCGGCGGUACCGGAGGUCCAAUUCGCCCGCCUGCAGCUCUUGGACGCGGCGACAGAUUUGCUGCAUUUAGCUAUGGGCCCUGAAAGUUACAGCUUGUUGCACCCUGUUUUUAAUAACCAUGACACCAUGGUAAUGGACGUUCUCAACCAAUUCGAUUUCUUUUCGGCCGUCCCCACUGGCGGCUCUGCUACUUAUAGCGAAAUCGUGGAACGGACUAAGUUGCCAGAGGAGGUGGUACGUCGCAUAUUAAGAUACGCAUUCACUAUGCGUCUGUUUGCCCCCGUCGGCCGGGAUUCAGUUAAGCACACUGCCACAUCGGCGUAUAUAUUGAGAACCCCCCCGAUGCGCAGUAUGAUAGGUCACAACGCCGAAGAAAUUCGCAUCUCGAACUACUAUUUCCCAGAAGCCCUGAGGAGAUUCAGUCUUGGAAACCCUGCUCUGAGCCAGGAGAUAAACGAGUCCGGCUGGGGCGUUGCCGAUGUUGACAAGACCGGUGAACUGCAAUCGUACUGGGACUACCUUAAGCGACAGCCAGAAGGCAAACCAGAGGGAUAUAGGGAGAAACGCUUUGCGGAAGCUAUGCAGGCUGCCGCUGCUGCUUCUGGGGUCGCCGUGAAUGAAUAUUUGAGGGAUAAUUAUGACUGGGCGAGUCUCGGCGAGGCAAAGGUCAUUGAUAUGGGCGGAUCCAGUGGUCAUGAUGCCUUCGUUCUGGCUAAAGCAUUCCCUAAACUGUCACUUGUUGUUCAAGAUCGCCCUGAGCUUGAGCCUUCUUUCCGCGCCUUGCUUCCUCAAGAACUAUCGGAGAGAGUCCUCUUCCAACCUCACGACUUCUUCACUCCUCAGCCAGUCAAGGCCGACGUCUAUGUCGUGAAGCAGAUUUUUCAUGAUUGGCCUGACAAAUAUGUGAUCAAAAUUUUGGAGAAUAUCGCACCCCACUUGAAAUCUGGCAGUCGUCUCGUAAUGUUCGAGUCUGUCUUUCCUAGCCUUGACGCCGAGGGCAAGUACCCCUUGCCUCCGGCAGCUAUGCGCAUGCUUGCUGCCACUGAUCUUCAGAUGAUUACGUUUGCCAAUGCUGUCGAGCGAACUUUAGAAGAAUGGCACGCAGUGGUCAAAAAGGCUGACGAGCGUUUCGAUGUCCGGGUGGUCUCAGAGAAUCCCAUAUCUCUCCGAAGCAUUAUCGAGGUUGUGUACAAAUAA